AUGGCUUCUUGUCCUUCUUCUGCCAAACUGACCCUGAAAUUGCUUAUCGACACUAAGAAUGAGAAAGUCUUAUUCGCUGAAACAUCAAAAGAGGUCAUAGACUUCCUCUUUAACUUGCUGUGCUUGCCUCUGGGCACUGUCAUAAGGCUUCUCAACAAAACAGAUAUGGUUGGUUGUUUGGCCAAUCUCUAUCAAAGUGUUGAAAAUAUGAGUGACACUUACAUGCAACAAAACCAUCAAAAGGAUGUCCUCUUAAAGCCAAAAGUUCCCUUUUCUUCACACCAAGUCACUUCCCUUCUCUCUCCCGAUGAUAAGUCUGAUGGUAACAAUUUGGACGCUUCGUUCUAUAUGUGUCAAAUCGCUGUGGUCAAAGUCACAUGCGAUAACAAGACUCCUUCUUCCAAUUGCGGAAGUAAUAUGAACACAAAAAUGCAGUAUGUUGGUAAAAAGAUUGCAGAAGAUGUUUUACCAAACAAGAAUGGAUUUGUGCAAGCAGUUGUGACUUACAUGGUGAUGGAUGAUUUAGUGAUUGAACCCAUGCCAACCAUAUCAACCAUUACAUUACUCAACAGGUUGAAUGUCAAAGAAGUUGGUGCCCUGCAAGAAAAAGUGGUUGAGUUGGGAAUGACCGAGGGUGUCAAUAUGCUCAAAGCUUCUCUGGAAUCCAAGGCUGUUCUCACCAGUGUUUUUCUCAAAAGCAAUGUUUGA